AUAUAUAUAUAUAUAUAUAUAUAUAAAUAUAUAAAUUUAAAAGGAGAGGAGCAUUUUAUUUCUUCCCAUUUCAUCACUCCAAACAGGGCAUAUAUGUAACCGCCAACGACUCCGUUUCUACUUCAGUGAUCAACGAUAAGGUAAUUCCCGACUCCGGUCUCAUUGAUUCUCUUCUGAAGGGAUUUGGACUUCAGUUCUCUUAAACGCCUGGAUAAUACAUGUUGCUUUUUUGGGCUUUUCAUCGGAGAAUCUGUCAGUAACUAAUGGCGAAACCAAAACAAAGACGGUUGGUGGCAGUACAGGGGAACAAGAAUAACACUCCAAGUAGCCCUGAGGCUGACAUGUCUGGAGAAGAUAGUUGGGUGAUAGUCAAGAAGCAGAGAGUCACCAUUCUGGUCCCUCCUUUACCUGUUACCAAAAAGUCCACAAUGGUAAAACCAGGAGGACCAGGAUUGAGUCAGCAACAAACACGACCCAGAAAAACAAUCAACACCCAAACAGAGCGCAAAUUUGAGACAUGUGCUGGUAUGCAUUCAGCUGAUGAAAGAGAGAAGGUCAUAUCAUUGGCUCCUAAAAAGGAUAAUCCAACUGCUAGAAACAUUCCUUGUUCUCAACCCAUUCCAUCAACCUUUGCAAAGGUACCGAGGCUUCAUCACAGUAUGGGGUCAGGAAAUCAAGACACGGUUGAUAGUUUUAGAUGCCGUAAUACACUUGGUAUAUGCAGCACCUCAAAAGUGCACAAGCGGUCCUUAGGCUUCCUUGAUCGAGGUCUGUUGCUAAAUCAGAAAAUGAGGGCAUCAAAUCUCGAGAGGAAGCUUAGAAGAGCUGGUGGGUUAAGCAGUUGGUUAGCGUCACUCGGACUCAACCAGUUUGUGAAGAUCUUUCAAGGGAAGUGUGUUAAUAAAUUCCAGUUGGUGAAUCUUACCAUGAAUAAACUUAAGGAUAUGGGUGCGGAUGCUGUGGGACCUCGGAGAAAACUGAUGCAUGCUAUAGACUGCCUUUGCCAGCCUUACUGUUUUGAGGCUGCUUGAAUGUUGUGGAGUGUAAGAGCAAUGGAAAAAUGGGAGAGAGAGAUGUACAAAUACAGUUUACAUGUUUGGUAUGUGGUUUUCAUUAAGGACGUGGCUCAAUAGCAAUUCUAUUUUAUUAUAUCAGACAAAUAAACCUUAUCCUCCCAAUAACAUAUAUAUACUACAUACAUGUUCAUAUGUA